CAGUCUGUCCCAGCGUCACUCAAGUGUAACUGCAGCACCAAUGAAGAUACUUUAUAUGCUCUUGAUGUUUGUCUUCAGUGUUUCUUGUGGCCCAUCAGUUCCACAGAAAAAUACAAGAGAAAUUGCAGGAAGAAAACGAGAAUGUUACCUUGUUCGUGGUUCUUGCAAGUCUGAAUGCAAUACUUGGGAAUAUGUCUAUAGUUACUGUGAUACUGAGCCCUGCUGUGUGGUACGGGAAUACCAAAAACCCAUCAUUGAAACCACGCUUUCUAAGACUUACACAGCUUAAAUUACAGUACUUACAACAUUGCAUCAUUAUAAUCUUAAUAAA